CGCCCCGUCAAGGUCAGAGCUUCACACACGGCAGCGCGGCGGGGCACGCCUGCUACGUCCGUACUACGCUGGUCGCCGUCCACAGUUCCCCACCCAGCGAGCGUCCUCCUUCGCCGGCCUCUCUCUGCCAUCGACGCCUCGCCCCCUUGCUCACCAUCUCUCAUCUGCGGAGCCGCCUAAAAAGAACGGGCGGCCGCUCCGGCCACCUGCUAGAUCUGCAGCACCAUCACUCCACCAGCCCACCACCGUGAUCUACCUGCUGUCGCCGGCCCUCUCUCCCUCUGCAGCACCACCGACUGAGGUGGAGUUCAACAAUCUCUUCUGUAGUUUACUGUGGCUGUGCCCUGCAGAUAGUACAGACACUUGCCCCUCUGUGGCAGUUCUCCAUUCGAUUGCAGAUCUGCCUGUGCAAGGCUCACAUUCCUACAUCUUUGGAAAUGCAUCCCCAUCUAACCCUACACAGGCAUCCUAUGUGUGCUGAGAUUAUUGAAGAAUUCCAGAAGUGCCAUGUGGAUCACCCCAUCAAAAAAUUCUUUGGUGAAUGCACAGAUCUUAAGAUUAAGCUUGAUCGGUGCUUCCGGCAGGAGAAAGCUGUGAAGAGAAAGGCAAACUUUGAAGAGAGCAAGAAAUUUAAAGAAAGGUUGCAGGCUUAUAAAAAGGAAAUGGCGGAGAAAGAAAAUGAAUCAUAGCUUCAAAUGGAGGACAACGACCUUCACUGAAUGCUUUUUUGCUGCAAUCCUGUGGCUUCAACUUUGUGAAACAAAGUUCCGGACAUGUCUUUGCUUCAUGUUUACAUCACAUAUCUACUGUUAUAAGACUACAGCUGAGGUCAUAUAAUCUAUUUAGAAGUUCAAAUUUCCUUCUGUGGCUGAUGCUAUUCAUGGUUAGUCUAUUUCCAUCAUAUAUAGACAAUAAGUCUUGCUCUAAGUUGGUGGUGUAUUGUAAAACUAUGAAACCAGCUGGGUGUGGAGUUUGUACUACACUUGCUAUUCGCAGCGAGAGGUAGUCUCUUGUAAUUA